GACAUUCCUGUCAAGAUGACCUCUUCUCUCAUCUUUCAAUUCCGUUGACUCUUCAUCAUCAAUUCGUCUCGUCGACACAUUCUCAUAACUAUCCAUAACAUUACACAACAGACGGGAAAUAUGCCAAUGCACAACGGAUGGCUUCCACGCGAAGGUUUCCGAAGCGAUUCCCUCGGUAGCCUCAUCAAGAAAACGGCAUUAAAUCCCGCUUUUACAUUGGUUUUCCUGAUUCUAGCUCGUUACACUAAACGGGGAAAUGAUCUUUCAAUUCUUCAUGAAACGGCCUUUUCUCGAAUUCGAAAGCUCUUCUAUUUUGGGGUUGUCAGAUUAGUGUCGAAUUAUUUGGAGAGAGGCGUGCAGAAUAAUUGGGUAGAUGAUGUAUAUGAUUGGAAGAAAGAAAUUGUGUUGAUCACUGGUGGUGCGGGAGGGAUCGGUGGACAAGUAGUAAAGCUCUUAGCGGAAAAGGAGAUUACGGUUGUGGUAUUGGAUGUGAUUCCUAUGACUUUUGAGGCUACCUCCAAUGUGCAUUACUACAAAUGCGACAUCACCUCCCCAUCCACCCUCGCAACAGUGGCAUCUCGCAUCCGAUCCGAAGUUGGCAAUCCCACCAUCCUCAUCAACAACGCGGGCGUCGCGCGCGGAAAAAGCAUCCUCGACUCCACGGAAAAAGACAUCCGUUUUACCUUCGACGUCAACACGAUCUCGCACUAUUUCACCACCCAGGAGUUUCUCCCCUACAUGAUCGACAAAAACCACGGCAUGGUCGUCACAAUUGCGAGUCUCGCAGCCUAUCUCCCCGUCCCAAACAUGACCGACUAUGCCUCAUCCAAAGCCGCCGCACUCUCUUUCCACGAAGGACUAACCGCCGAGCUCCUCACCAAAUACAACGCGCCAAAAGUACGAACGAUUGUGAUUAAUCAAGGAUACACGAAAACGGCGCUGUUUCAAGGAUACAAAAAUGAUGCGACAUUUUUGCUUCCGACGCUGGAGGUGGAUACGGUGGCCGAGGAGAUUGUGAAGAAGAUUUUGAAGGGGAAGAGUGGCCAGGGAAUUUAUCCUGGGUUUGGCGUUAGUCUCACCUGGUUGAGAGCGAUGCCGGGGUGGUAUCAGAAUAGAGUGAGGACGCAGGGGGAGAAUAUUAUGACGAAUUGGAAGGGGAGACAGGUGGUAGAUGUGGAUGAGUUUUAUGAGGAGAAGGAGAAGGAUGAGAAGGGAAAGGGGAAAGGAAGGGGUUUUGAGGGGGAAAGCGAGUCGACAGUCCUGGUGAAUCCUUGAGUUUUGAUGAAUGAAAACUUGGCUUGUUGGAUUAUCGGAAUAUCAAAGCUAUUGAAUCAGACUUUUAUUUUAAGUCGUGGAAUUUGAAUUAGCUUUUUGAGUACGCUUUUAAAUGUUUAGGCUAUACAAGUCUACCUAGCAAUAUGGAAUAUCUUCCAAUACUCUCCCUAUGACACCACCCCUUUGACCCCCCAUUAUGAGCCCCCCUUACUAUGAACGAGCUAGAUAGCAUUGCAUAUAUGGCCAGCAAGACAAAAGAACUACAGCAUAAAUAGCUUCACUGAUUAAUUUGUAAAGUGAAACA